CUCUAGUCUGUCAUUUUUUUUCAUCCUCUGCCUCGCUCCGUCACCCCCUCCUCACCUCUCCACUUGUUUCACAGUGUACCGAAAGCGGGAGAGGCGGAAGGAGCGACGGUUGAUGGAAUUUGUUUAGGACAUUUUUCGCAUUAUUUUUUAUAUCCUUGCGUCGUGAUUUUUGUUUUGCCUUGUUCUUAGUGUUAAUCUUUUUUCUUUUUUUUUUUUUCUUUUUUUCUUUUCCUACUGCUGUUGUUGUACAUGGCGCAAGGGCUCUGCAUUCGUGUCGGUAAUGGUUCCGGUACUGGGUGUGAUAUAACGGCUACGGAUUUGGAUAGACGGAGGAGAGCAGGGAGACUGGCGUGGAGCGGUUUCAGAAGCAUACCGAUCGGAUCGUCCCCGUCUGCCCGGCUCCAUGGCGAGUGAUGGUCGGCUUGCCCUGUUGGAUUCAUCCCUCUCUCCACGGAUCGUCGUCGGCGCGUCUCUCCCAAGUAGAUUUUUAUUUUCCGUGGCAACAUUCGACGGAAUAAGGGCCACAUAUGGAAACAGGGGACCAGAAUUUUAGGAAAAAGGAAAAAAAAACAGCGGGGUUUUGUUCUUAAUUUUACACGCUAAUUUAUUUGAUAAUUUGCUAGGCUCAUAAUGGAUUCGUUUCCUUGAUAUUUGCCCAUAAACGUAAUGCUAUCCUACCCAAGUAUUUUACCAUUUAUUUAUUGUAAAUCCAUCCGGGGACCUUUGAAAUCUGUUUCAGUUAAGCUCGAUGUUUGUGCAUUUUAGCGUCCUUACCCUCAUUUUUUCAUCCACGGAUAUCUCCCCGUGUUUAGAUUAAUAGACGUGUAGAGCGAUAGAGUCAAUAGAGAGACAGAGGCAUGCGUCGUCUUAACCGGGUAGGCUGAAACGUACCCUAUUGGUUUGUCAUUUUUGCCGUUGCCCUUAUAACAAAUGAUAGCUCUCAGUCAUUGCGAUUGGAAUAGCGACGGCGUUUGGGCUGCGCCACCAAUCUGUUGGCCAUAGGAGUCUCUUUUUACCCUUAACCUCUCAUCAUUCCCACAGUCCGUGGACGCAUAGUAAGCACAUGCCAACCAUUAUCCGAACAGAGGAGAAUAGCAGUUGUGAGACACGUGCGUUAACUGGCUAUUUCAUUCCUCAGAAGGGCGAAACGCGUCGAUUAUCCCAACAUUCACACGACUUUUCGUUCGUUUAAAAAAAAAAAGUCUGCUCGGAUUAUUGCUUUAUUACGCGGAGCCUUUAAACCCCUCUACAAUUUUAGGGACCUCUAGGUUUUUCUUAGUCAUCAGUACUGUGAUUUGUAGAUAUGAAUAUCCUACCAGCCCCACUUUUUAUCAUGGUUUUCAUGAAGUAGCUCCACAGACCAGAGAGCCCCCAUACCAGUCUUCCUGCUUCUGCUGGGUCCAGAGAGUGCCAUAGCUGAAUUCUUCACCUGAGUUCAGGUUUGACGUUUCCGCCAAAGCCAAUCCUCCCGGCUCCCCUGAAUCCACCUCCACGAAGGUGACCCAUUUUCUGCCUUGCUGUGGUCCCUUCAAUUUACAAAUAUUUACUUCCUGUACAUCAAGAGGAAAGGGGGUUCCCCUUUCAUAGAAUGCGGCAACAUGGGUCUCUUUGACCGCGGCGUUCAGAUGCUACUGACCACGGUGGGUGCCUUUGCUGCCUUCAGCCUUAUGACGAUCGCGGUCGGCACGGACUACUGGCUGUACUCGCGAGGGGUCUGCAAAAUAAAGACUAGCAAUGAAAACGAGACCAGCAAGAAGAACGAAGAGGUCAUGACACAUUCGGGACUGUGGAGGACCUGCUGUUUGGAAGGUACUUAUAAAGGGAUGUGUAGACCCAUCGAUCACUUUCCCGAGGACGCAGAUUACGAGGCAGACGCAGCAGAGUACUUCCUUCGAGCGGUGAGGGCCUCCAGUAUAUUCCCCAUCCUCAGUGUGAUUCUACUCUUCAUGGGAGGCCUGUGCAUCGCUGCCAGCGAGUUCUACAAGUCACGUCACAACAUCAUCCUCAGUUCAGGCAUAUUCUUCGUGUCCGCAGGCUUAAGCAACAUUAUCGGCAUGAUUGUGUACAUAUCAGCAAAUGCUGGCGACCCCUCCAAGAGCGACUCCAAGAAGAACAGCUACUCCUACGGGUGGAGCUUCUACUUCGGCGCCCUGUCCUUCAUCAUGGCUGAGAUGGUGGGUGUCCUCGCCGUGCACAUGUUCAUCGACCGCCACCGCGAGCUGCGGGUGGCCGGGGUGAGGUCCGGCCGGGGCAUCGCUACGGGCAACGCCGACUACCUGCAGGGCUCAGCCAUCACACGCAUCCCCAGCUACCGGUACAGGUACCGGCGCCGCUCGCGCUCCUCAAGCCGCUCGACGGAUCCGUCACAGUCGCGCGACGCCUCGCCGGUGGGGCUGAAAGGCUUUGGGGCGCUGCCGUCUACCGAUAUCUCCAUGUACACCCUGGGCCGUGGCGGGGACACGCUGAAGACCUCGCACGGCACACCCACGGCCACCUACAACUCGGAGAGGGACCAUAACUUCCUGCAGGUGCACAACUGCAUCCCGAAGGACACGAAGGACUCGCACGGCAACGCCGCCAACCGCCGCACCACGCCCGUAUGAGCUCCGUGGAGACCCCUAGUGGCAGGGAGGGGGAACUGACUGAACGUGGCCGCGCGCGCGCGAGAGAGAGAGAGAGAGGGAGAGAAUGAACGAGUGCGUGAGUGAAAGAAAAGAGAAACAAAGUGAAAGAAAGGGAACUGAGGAACCAGUACAUAAGAGCUCUCUGAGUUGUGAGAUAUUUACAACAAUGAUGAUUAUACGAUGAGUUUCCAUGUUGAAAAAAAGUGAAAAAGUGAAAAAUGAAAAAUGUCCAAAAAAAAAAGAGGUAAAGAAAAUGCAUGAUUUUCCCAUCUAACGUAAUUUAACGAGUUCUAAACCGUGUUUCUAACGAAGUGUAGAGGAGUAACAACGGGGAGAAAAAGGCACAGGGGCACAGGGAGCGAGGAAGAGGACACCGUGGUCGAUGAACAUUGUGAGUUUUAAAAGGUUUCUAUUUUUUCGACUCUCUUCUCGGUCUCCAGGGCGACAGAGGUCGCCGCCCCCCCCUCCCCGCCCCGCCCACCUCUAUCUUUACUUCCUGUAUGUAUCCAUCUCAUCCUUUUGCGCAUUAAUACUGUGAAGCGUUGUGGCCGUGGUGUACCCAGGGCAAAAAAGACCAACCCACGCCCCACAACUAAGUUAAUAUAUGUAUUAAUUAUAUAUGAAUAUAUAAAUAUAUAUGUUAAUAAACCACAGAUAGACUUCCCUGACGCAAAGAGAAGGAAAAAAAAAAGACUUAAAAAUGCAAAACAAAUCAAAAGUCAAUAAAGUCGUCAUGG